CCCUUUAACUUAAAAUAACGUUGUAAAAUCGCUGCUAGUUUGUCUUUUGGAGCGUUCUUAUUUUAAUUGAUUAUAAAAUUCCGGAUAAAUAGCAGGUUUUUCGAGCUGCAACCAUCCCUACAAACCCGACAAACUUGAAUUAUCUGAAUGAAAACACAAAACCCCGGAAAUAGAUUUAUUCUUCGCGUGAUACGGAAAAAUACACUGGGUUUCCAGCUAAUAGUGGUCAAUUCUGAGGAGGGUGUUCUUGUGAUGGAGAGCCAGAAACAGAUGGUGGAGAGACUGCGGGGUGCGUUUCGCUCAGGCGUGACCAUUCCAGUCCACUUCCGUUUGACUCAGCUGGAGGCCAUGCUCGCUCUGCUUGAAGACAAUGAAGCACAGAUUUUAGAGGCACUGCAUGUAGACCUUGCUAAGCCCAAGUUUGAAUCAGUGCUGUCAGAGAUUGAUAUGGUGGUAAAUGAUCUUUGCUACACCAUCAGUAACCUGCACACUUGGAUGCAGCCCAGUUAUGUGGGCACAAACUUGGCAACAAAGCUGGAUGACUGUUUUGUUCGGAGAGAGCCAUUAGGUGUUGUUUUAAUUAUUGGAGCAUGGAACUAUCCUCUCCAGCUAAUUUUGUUACCUUUGAUUGGUGCCAUUGCUGCAGGUAACUGUGCCAUUCUGAAACCAUCAGAAAUAAGUCAAGCAACUGAAAAACUUCUGGCCGAGCUUAUUCCUAAAUAUCUGUCCAAGGAGUGUUAUGCAGUCUUUUGUGGUGGACCAGAAGAGACCAAGACAUUGCUAGAGAAUAGAUUUGAUCAUAUCUUCUAUACAGGUUCUCAAACAGUGGCCCGUUGCAUCCUCCAGGCAGCAGCAGUGCACCUCACUCCAGUAACUUUGGAGCUGGGAGGAAAAUGCCCCUGUUUAUUAUAUGGCCGGCUAGACAUGAAAUCUGCUGCGAAGAGGCUGGUGUGGGCCAAGUUUUUCAACAUAGGUCAGAGUUGUGUGGCUCCAGACUAUGUUUUAUGCACUGCUGAGACAAGAGAUAAAUUGCUGCCUUUAAUCAAAGAGGCUCUUGAGACCUUCUAUGGACCUGAGGCUCAGCAAAGUCCAGAUAUGGGUCGUAUUGUGACAGACAGACACUGGAACCGACUGGUUGAUCUGCUAAAGAAGACUGAGGGAAAGGUAGUGAUUGGAGGAGAAAGUGUCAAAGAAGAGAAGUACAUUGCCCCAACUGUGGUUGUGGAUGUAAAGGAGUCAGAUCCUUUAAUGCAGGAUGAGAUCUUUGGCCCCAUCCUUCCCAUUCUGACCAUCAAGUCUCUUGAUGAGGGAAUCAACUUCAUCAACGAGAGAGAAAAGCCUCUGGCACUCUAUGCCUUCUCUGAUGAGUCUCAGGUUGUGAAUACAGUUCUUGAGAAGACCAGUAGUGGUGGCUUCUGUUCAAAUGAUGGAAUAAUUCACAUGACCCUUCCUGGUUUACCCUUUGGGGGAGUGGGUGCCAGUGGGAUGGGUAGCUACCAUGGUCAGUGGGGUUUUGAGACGUUCAGUCACAAGCGUGGCUGCAUGCUGAGGGGAUGGGGGCUGGAGCGUGUCAAUGUUCUGCGCUACCCCCCCUACAAAGAAAGCAAUCUUGGCUGGCUGCGCUGGGCCACCACUGCCAAGAAGAAGGGGUGGGCAGGAUGCUCCAUUAUGUGAGGGGUGUGU